AUGGGAGCAUAAUCAACAGAUCAAGGCUUGUUAGACAUUAAAUUCGGUUAAUAUCUCUUUUAAAUUCGUGUCAUUAGCUAAAACGAAGUAGGCUUAGAAGUUAUUGAUAUUAAAACCUUCUAGACAUACUCUUUAGAAUCUCAUUAGUUUGUCACUCAAAUUAAUUCUUCAACUCUCAUUGCUGCAUUAAAUAGAAAAGAGGAGAAUCACCUCAAACUUUCUAUUUCAGUUGGACUUACAAGCGAAAAAGAGCAUUUCUUGAAGAUAGUUUUAAAUGUGACUUAUGAUUUCAUCCCUGAUUUCAGUGAAACACUAAUUAUCCCUUUAAAGAAAGGAGUCAGCGAAAAGGAAAUGAUUUAGACUCAAUUAAAGCUUAUCAAUUCAGAAAUUGCUUACUUGUAGAAAUCAAUAGAAGGACAUAAUUUGCAAUCUUGUAAUAAAUUUGUGGCCACAAGCAGCUCUGGAACUUUUAAUGGAACAAACCAUGUAAUCACUAAAUUAGAAUUACCAAAAGGAAAAUAUGAAAUCAAUUUGCAAUUCUACACUCAAAGCUCUUAAAAUUGGAUUUAUCUUAAAUUAACUAAUUCCUAAACUGGUACUGAUUGUUUGAAAUUGCCAGAAGGAGGCUAUUAUUUUACCGUUGCCAACAGCAGCAAUUACUAACCUCACAUAAUUAGAUCUUUUGUAGACGUAACUAGUGAAACAGCAAGCUUCCAACUAGAGUCCUAGGCCUGCAAUUCCUAUCCUUGGAAUAUGAAAAAUUUAAUUCUUUCUGCAACAUCAGUUUGA